GAGAAGAAGAAGCAAAAAAAGAUCUUUCUUUCUUUUUUUUCUUUGAUUUUUUUUUAUUUUCCUGUGACAAUGUCGACGUGGCCGUCUCCGACCUACUCAGCGUCCUCACGUAGAACUCUAUUAGACGAAGACGACGAAGAUGACGAUUCACCUCCUGCUCCUCCCUCUCCUCCUAAUAUAACGGGGUUGGUAGUGGGAAUAGUUAUCGCGGGAGUGGUGAUACUGCUGGUGCUAAGUCUUCUCUUCAUCUACUGUAAGAAGAAGAGAAGAAGACGGGAUGAGGAAAAUUACCAUGAGCGGCCGUCGCCACCUCCUGGGCCUCAAAAUGGUGCUUAUGGUGGUCAGCAGUAUCACCGGCAAGAACAUCCUCCCUCUCGUGCUGGUAAUGUUACAUAUCCAAAGCCCUCUCCACCACCAGUUCCAUUAACGCCGCAGAUGUCAUAUGAUUAUUCUUCCACAACUCCAAAUUCAACAACAGAACCGCUCAUGAUUAGCAGUGGUUGUUCUGGCUCCAACUAUUCAGGUGGUGAGAUCCUCCCACCUCCUUGGCCUGGGAUUGCAUUAGGUCUCUCAAAGAGUACUUUCACAUAUGAGGAAUUAGCACGGGCAACGGAAGGGUUCUCAAAUGCAAACCUUCUUGGACAAGGUGGUUUUGGGUAUGUGCACAAAGGAAUCCUACCAAAUGGGAAAGAAGUAGCAGUCAAGCAACUGAAGGCUGGAAGUGGACAGGGAGAACGAGAAUUUCAUGCAGAAGUUGAGAUUAUCAGCCGAAUUCAUCACAAGCAUCUUGUUUCGUUUGUUGGAUAUUGCAUCACCGGAUCUCAAAGAAUGCUUGUUUACGAGUUUGUUCCUAACAACACUCUGGAAUUUCACUUGCAUGGUAAGGGGCGACCCACAAUGGAUUGGCCAACAAGGAUGAAAAUUGCUGUAGGGUCUGCAAAAGGGCUGGCAUAUCUACAUGAAGAUUGUCAUCCUAAGAUCAUUCAUCGUGACAUCAAAGGAGCUAAUAUUCUUUUGGAUUUCAAAUUUGAGGCAAAGGCGAGGGCACGGCUUACACGAGCCUUGGAUGACAAAAACUUUGACAGUCUGGCUGAUCCAAGACUUCAAAACGAAUAUAACCACAAUGAGAUGGCACGCAUGGUUGCCUGUGCUGCUGCUUGCGUGCGACAUUCAGCAAGAAUUCGGCCACGAAUGAGCCAGAUAGUCCGUGCUCUAGAAGGAGAUGCAUCUCUGUCUGACCUCAAUGAAGGAAUCAAACCCGGGUACAGCAGCAUCUACGGCUACGGUAGUUCAGAUUAUGACGCCAUCCAGUACAACGAAGAGAUGAAAAGGUUCAGGAAAACGGCAUUAGGCAGCACAGAAUACGGUGCUAGCAGUGAGCUCAGCAACCCGACCAGCGGAUACGGCCCGUAUCCCUCCGGAUCUAGCAGCGAAGGCCGGGACGGAGCUACCAUAGGACAAGGGGGGGCAGCCGCCCCCCCUAAGCUUUUGAAAAAUGUUUAAUCUACUACAUUAAUUUUUAAUUAGUACAAAAUUGUUUUUGAUGUUUGAAUUAUAAGGACCUUGUUAAAUUUAAAGAAAAUAUCUAAGAGUUA